AUGAUCCCACUGGUGGCAUGGCUACUGCUUCUACUCAGCUCCCCUUCCUCCUUACUUAUUGAGAAGAAGGACAAGGUGGACUGGUUGAUUGUGGGAGGUGGAUUGCAUGGCGUUCACAUUGCCGCUCGCUUGAUCGCGGUCGGUUCGUCGUUGGCCAUUGUGGACGAGGAAGCGCGUCUUUUAACAAAAUGGAAAUCUCGUGCGGCAGCCACGGGCAUGAAGUACAUGCGAUCCUCGGCAUCCUUUCAUUUGGAUGUCGAUGUGGCAUCUCUACGAAGAUUUGCUGCUACAGCUACAGCUGAUGCUGCUGCUGUUUCAACCAUUCCAAAAAAGAAGCGACGACAACGACACAGGAGUAGUAGUAGCAGUCGCCAACACUUUACGAGUGACUACGAACGACCAUCAUUGGAUCUCUUCAAUCGUCACUGCGACCAUGUCAUUCAAAAGUACGGGAUAGAAGACUUGCACAUAUGUGGUAGAGUCCAACGAAUAGAUCCCACCAAGGACAAUCAGAGUGUCACUGUGACGAUUGCUACAUCAGGGCAUGAUUCCACUACUGUCUCUGCCAAACAGGUCGUUCUAGCCAUGGGCUUUGAUGAUCCAAAAAUCCCAGCUUGGGCUCUCGUAAAAGAAGAAGAAGGAGGAGAAUAUCCACAAAAACCACCCAUUCAACAUGUUCUGGAUCUCACCACAACCACCACUUCCCACAGUGCCUCUGGCGACAUUGUCAUUGUUGGAGGAGGUAUUUCGGCCGUCCACAAAGCCUUGCAAUUGGCUGAACAGCAGCAAUCUACUACUAGUAGUAGUACUAGUGUCAUUCACAUUGUCAGUCCACAUCCGUUGCAAGAGCAGCAAUUUGACACCCAUCAAGACUGGAUGAUGACGGCACAAACCGCCGCGCAAAGUCUGCAAGCGGGUGGCAGUGGCUUUCCCGAUCGGUUCAUGAAAUUUCGACAAUUGGAAUCUUUUAUUGAUCGGCGAACUGUCAUUCGGCAGGCACGAAAAGCGGGCACGGUGCCGACCGCAUUGACCCGUGGUGGAUUGAAACAUGCCAUCGACAAAGGAAACAUUCAAUGGCAUGUGGCAACCAUUGAUCGAGUGACUAGUACUGCGAGUCUGACGGACAGUAAUGAUGACAGUCGUGAUGUAACGAGUGCUUGCAUUCACUUGUCCACGGGAGAAACCAUUUCAACCUCAUGGGACAACAUUGUACUGGCCACUGGAUUUGGAAGCAGUCCACCUUCUGCACCACUAAUUCAUCAAAUUGCCAAGGAUUUCAAUCUACCGCUGGCUCCUUGUGGAUAUCCCAUGGUGGACCAUACUCUGAGGUGGCAUCCUCGAGUGAUCGUGUCGGGAGGACUGGCCGAAUUGGAGUUGGGACCGUCGGCACGAAAUCUCGCAGGUGCGAGAAUGGCAGCCGAGCGGAUUGUGGCAUCCAACCAAUAG